AUGUCUGCUCGCCAGCAUCGAUACCUCAUCCCCAACGUGCAGCACUCCUCACUGGACCCUCCUGGUGUUCGACCUCAGUUGACAUUUCAAUUCAAGCCUACCUGGCUGCCGUUAACUCGGAAGGAUGCCCCGGCCGCGUCUGAAUACGAGCCGUAUGUGACUCUGCCUCGCAUUCUGAUACCUCUUCCAGGUUGCCCCUUGCGGCCGCCCAAGAUGCGCUACGGGUGGAUUGCCAAUGAAGACGUUCUUGUCGAGCUUGCCAGGGAGUUUGACUGCAUUGUGAUGUAUAAUGAUUCUCCGUAUUUCUUGGACGAUGGGGACGAAGAAGACCUGGACGACGAGGAAAGAAAUAUUGCAGUUACGAGGGAGUACGAUACCAGCACCCCAGCGCAGGCGACCUUGACUGCAAGAUAUAAUCCUGACAAGUUUCCGCACGAAUCUGAAGGGCGAUAUGUGGCCAGACUCGCGGGAUGGGACGUGUUGAGGACAAUGAAGAGGGCGGUGGAACUUGUUGGAGAGGAGGUCCCUGCCACUCACGAUACGCUUGUUUUGUCCGGCACGCUCUUCCACAAGCGCGUCCCCACCAUUGUCUCGGUAUUCACGAACUACGAUCUUACUUCAAACCGACUCCCAGACGCGGAUGAUUUGGAUAAACUGGCGCGUCGGCUGGGUGUGCAGGGAAAGCCUCGGUGGUUCUUGGACUCGAUACACUGGCGGUGGCACGAUAAUGACCAGCCUUACUGA